AUGGCCCGGCCGAGCAAGAAGUCGCGGCAGUCCGGCUCUGGCCUGGCGGAGCUCGCCGCCCACCUCACCAAGCGCCUCGCCGACGCUAACCCCAGCUCCAACCUCGUCUUCUCUCCGCUGUCCAUCUACGCCGCCGUCGCGCUCCUGGCUCCGGGCGCCCGGGGGGCCACCCUGGACGAGGUCCUCCGCCUCCUCGGCGCGCGCUCCCGCGAAGAGCUCGAGGAAUCCAUCUCCCGCGUGGCGAACGACGCGCUCCAGGACCUGUCCGGAUCCGGCGGCCCGAGCGUCGCGUUCGCAUGCGGCGUGUGGAACGACGAAAGGCGGCCGCUGAAGCCGGCUUACCGCGAGGCCGUCGUCGGCACGUACAGAGCGGAGGCGCGCAGCCUGGAUUUCCGGGAGAACUCGGCGGAAGCGGCGCGUCACAUCAACGCCUGGGUCGCGGAGGUCACGAGAAACCUCAUCGACGACGUCGUCUCACCGAGCGACGUUGGCAUGGCGACCGACGUCGUGCUCGCCAACGCCAUAUACUUCAAAGGCAAGUGGAACCUGCCGUUCCGCGAGACGGCCACCAGGGACAGGCCGUUCCACCGGCUCGACGGAACCGCCGUCGACGCGCCCUUCAUGUACAACCCCGCCCGCCAAUUUAUUGCCGUGCAUGACGGGUUCAAGGUGCUCAAGCUGCAGUACAAGAUGCGGCAGCGAGGAUAUCAACCCACACAGUACUCUAUGUGCAUCUUCCUGCCAGACGCCUACGACGGCCUGCGGAGCCUCGUCGACGAGAUAACCUCCCGUCCGGGCUUCGUGCACGAUCACCUGCCGGUGAUGCCCGUCAAGGUCGGCGACUUCGGGGUUCCCAAGUUCAAACUUAAUUUCUCGAGCAGAAUGGCCGAAAUCCUCAAACAGCUGGGCCUCGUUCUGCCGUUCGGCCAGGGUUCUGAUCUGUUGGACAUGGUGGAGGACGACGGCGCCGGCUCCCCUUUGCUCGUUCAAGAGGUCAUCCAUAAGGCUGUCAUCGAGGUCAACGAGGAAGGGACGGAAGCAGCCGCUCUCACCAUGCCGUUCCUGCCUCCUGGAUGUUCUCGUGUGAUGAUGUCGGAGCCCAUGGUGGAUUUCGUCGCCGACCAUCCCUUCGCGUAUUUCAUAGUCGAGGAGGCCUCCGGCGCGAUCCUCUUUGCAGGGCAUGUCGUCGACCCAACCAAUGGCAGCAGCACGGAUGAUAUUGGGCAACCGAAAGAGGGGGAUGCAUUUAACGAGCAGAGGUUACCUGCUAGAGGGUAUGAGUUGCCGGUGACCAAAAACCCGUCGGUGCAGUUCGAUGUAGCAGGGCCAACGGGGAAUCCUGGCUCCAGUGGCCUGGCAGCGCUCGCCGUCGGGCUCUCGAGGCGCCUUGCCGAUGGGAGCGCGGACGACAACCUAGUCUUCUCGCCGCUGUCCAUCUACACCGCUCUGGCGCUCCUGGCCGCGGGCGCCCGGGAUGCCACACUGGACGAGAUCCUCGGCGUGCUCGGCGCACGGUCGCGCAGCGAGCUCGAGAACUUCGUGUCACACAUGGCGGCGGACGCACUCCAAGACAGGUCCGCCUCGGGCGGCCCCCGCGUCGCGUUCGCGUGCGGCGUGUGGAGCGACCUGACGCGGCGGCUGAAACCGGCCUUCCGUGAGGCCGUCGUGGGCACGUACAAGGCCGAGGCCAGCAGCGUCGACUUCCGCAGCGCGCCGGAGGCAGCACGGAGGCAGAUCAACGCGUGGGCGGCUCAGGUGACGAGGAACCUCAUCGACUCGGUCCUCCCGCCGGGGUCGAUAAGCCCGGAGACUCGCGUCGUGCUCGGCAACGCCAUGUACUUCAAGGGAAAGUGGGAGGACCAGCCGUUCGACAAGAGGCACACCGCUCACAAGCCAUUCCACCGGCUCGACCGCAGCCAGGUCGACGUGCCCUUCAUGCAGAGCUGGGAGUCACAGUUCGUCGCCGUGCAUGACGGGUUCAAGGUACUCAAACUCCGGUACAAGAUGGACCACCUGCCGGAGGAGCAGAUCACCCUCGGCGAGUUCCGGGUGCCAAAGUUCAAGCUGUCCUUCAACAGCAGCCUCGUCGCUGUUCUCAAGAAGCUGGGGCUCAAGCUGCCAUUCUGCCUGGAAGGCGACCUGUCAGACAUGGUAGAGGACGGCGGCUCUGGCUUGCCGGUUGUAGUGGGGGAUGUCAUCCACAAGGCCGUCGUCGAGGUAAACGAGGAAGGUACUGAAGCCGCCGCAGUCACUAUGGUCAUCUCGUCUCCUGGAUGUGCACCAAUGGGGUCGUGGUCGCCGCCUCCACAAGUGGAUUUCAUCGCUGACCAUCCGUUUGCUUACUACAUAGUGGAGGAGGCAACCGGCGCAGUUGUCUUUGCGGGCCAUGUUCUCGACCCCUCCAAGGAGUAA